ACGCGAGAAUUGAAGAAAACAUCCUUAUACAAGCAAUGUUACUUCACAUUUUCUGCAGUUGUCAUCUCUGUUUCUCCCCCUAGCACCCCAAAGACAUGCAUUGAGAAGUCAACUGGGCGUGCUGACAAACCGGUUGAAUGUGACGAUUGUGCCCUUCACACAGCAGAAGAAAAAACGAGCAUAAAGGAGAAUCAUGGAAUGUUUUGUCAUUUAAAUGACGGUAAGAGGGAGGCUGAUCUAUUUGUCUCUGAGGAAAAAGUCGUUCUUGACUCAACAGGCCUUGUAGCAGAGAACGAUUAUAUAACUAAUGGUGCUAAAGAUAGCGAUGAACUUGACUUCCCUGCGUUUAUGGACAACUCUCUCAAACAUAUCGAGAAUGAAGAUGAAUGUUCACCGUUAAAGGAUGCUAAAGGUGUGAUCUUUAACUUUAAUGCUCACAAGACCAGUGAAGAAGUUCUGUUCGAAUCUGAUAAACAGGAUCGAGAUGGGCUAUUGAAAAGUCCAGAAUAUGAAAGCUUCAUGAUCGAAAACUCUGGUGUUUAUGAAGUUCGAUGUGGCAUAUCUGGUGCAGAAUCGGGUUCAGAGUUUUCGCACUUGGGUGCUGAUAAACACAUAAUGGAGCCUGAAUUUCCCGAGUCAAUAGAUAGCUACAAAGAGAGCAAUUCUAACGAUGUCAAAGAUAUUUGUAUCGACGAGGGGGUGCCCAUAGUAGACAAAAACUUGAUCGAGAACCCGAACGAUAGUAGUUUUGGUGAUAAAAAUGACAGCUUGGGAGAAGACGUUCAAAAGGAAAUGCUUUCUGGCGACCCGUCAAAAAUACAGGAUUCCAAGAAUCCCAAGAUCGGUGCUGCUAAUACAUCCACAGUUAAAGAUGAUAUUGAGUCUAUUGCUCCCGAUUGUCUAAUAUCAUCGGUGGAGAAUAAUGUCAAUAAAGAAUCUGUCACGGAUACUUACCUAGAGGAUUUGAUGAAGCUUUUUGGAUCAAAACUUGCCAAAACUGGAAAAGUAGACAAUGAUGCGUCCGAAACACAAUCGUUUAGUAAUAAGCCGCUUCUCGAAUCAUCGUGUGCACAGCAGGAUUGUCAGUCUCCCGAAGAGGCAAUCUUGGAAAGUCAUGCUACUGUGCCAACAAAUGUCGAACCAAACAAGAAUGACCAUAGUACUUUCGACGAGAGUGCUGAAAAGAUUUCCAAAAAAGCCCUUGAUUCGGAUGCCAUGCCAAAUAACGAGGAAGGGAUUUCGGAUAAAACGUCAGCUGCACCUGCUAGCGAAGUUCAAUGCAGAAACACUGAGAAGACCGCUGAAAAUUCUCGUGGAAACCCUUUAGGACCCGAGUUGCAAGACGUGGGUAAUAGUGAGGACAAAGCCUCCGCUAAUUUUUCAAUUGGUAGCCACGAUCACGGGGAGGCUAGUUUCUCUUCGGUUGGUCCUAUGUCGGGUUUAAUUUCUUAUUCCGGACUAAUCCCACAUUCCGGGAACAUUUCUCUUCGAUCGGAUAGCAGCACCACCAGCGCAAGAUCCUUUGCUUUCCCAAUACUACAAUCCGAGUGGAAUAGCAGUCCGGUAAGAAUGGCAAAAGGAGAUGGGAGAUACCGAAAGAACCGGGGUUGGAUGCAGGGCCUUCUUUGCUGUAGAUUCUAAAUUCUUUACUAUUUCAUUUAGGCUCUUAGGUAAAACGCAUAUACACACACAUCAUGAAGACCAGAAGUUUUUUUAAACCGAAUGCUAUUUGAUACAUGUUGAUACAUAUAUAUAUAUCUCAAGUUUCGGGUGCACUGAAGCAUAUGCAGGCAACAGAUGUAAAAACUAUACACUAUUGUAUUCAAUCAAAAAUCAUUUUCAAAUCUUACAUAUUGCCCAUGCAAGCCAUCUUUUGAGUCAUGUUACUGAAUUUUGUUAUUCCUUAUGAUCUUGUUAUGCUCGGUUUUCUUUCUCGAUCUGUGGAUAUAGCCUCUGUAUCUAUAAUAACUGUCCAUACGCUUGCAUCCUCGGCCCAAACUGUAUCUGAGAGCUGUUGAGAUUUGAGAAACCCGUUUCAAGAAAUAGUAGUGUGACAUUUUGGUUACUUUGGGUUGAUAAUACUGUGUGGUUAGUAUAUUUAACUGAGAAUAUUCAUUGAUGGUCCCCACGAUGAAAGGACAGGUCAACUGAAACAGCGUGAAGGUUCCUUAAAAGGCAAAGCGGGGAAAAAAAAUGUUGAUUUUUUUGCAUAUGCAUUGCUGUUUUUGGCACAGUCUUAGAGUCUCUUGUGCUCUGUGUACUCUUCUUUUGUCUUUCUCUUUUCUCUCUGCAGUUGUGUACAGGCUUUUCUUUUGACUGCUAUAAAUGCCCAGUUUGUUAACAGCCAUUUGAGCAUCUUCUCAAGUGUCACACACACAGAGAGAAAUACUGUCACACUGCCUGCAGAUAUGGAAAUAAUGAUCAGAGUGAUUACAGCUCUGUGUCUCAUUCUCACAGCUCAAGAAGCUCUUGGAAAGACAGUGUCCCAUUAUGAUCAAGGAACAGAUAACAAACAACAGAUUCAGUUCCCUGCUGUGAAUCCAAGAAAGCUCAAGCUAACCAAUGAUGCUGCAACUGUGAAAAGCUAUGGAGAUGACUCCCAUUAUCAUCCCACUACUACUGUCAAUAAGCAAGAAGUUGCAUUAUCAGAGAAGAGGCAUGGGAGAGAAGGAAAGGUGGGAAGACAUGCAAGAAAAGGGACAAGGCAAGAGUGGAUGGAGGGGAGUGACAGGGACACAGACACUUCUGAGUUCUACACCAUGGAUUAUCAUUGGGUCAGACGACGUCGUCCCAUUCACAACAAAUCCUUCCCAUUUCGUCAUCCAUGAAGACCAUGAAACAUUAUGGAUCCAUUGUUUAUCUUUUUCGGAUAUUUGUAUUUUGUACACGACUAGUUAUUUUGGUGUUUAUUUGUUCACGUUUGUAAAUUAAAUAUAGGUCAUGUUUGGUAACAUA